AUGCCUGUUUCAAAUGCAGGGCCGGAAAGGGGAGCCAGUGCCCUAAAGCGCCUAAAAACACACCCUAGAAAUUCCCCGAAGAAAGAGAUGCUCCAAAGUCUGCUUCAUCUUUCCAUAAAUGGGCCCCCAGUAAAAGAAUCUGAAGCUGUGAUUAACAAGGCAGUGGCGUUAUGGAAGGAAAAGAAGCACAGAAGAAAACUGCCACGGUCUUCUCGUCUUCAACAAAAUGAAAGGGCUAUACCAAAUGCACAAGAAGAGCAGGAAGUGGAGGAAGGAGAAGGAGGAGCCGUCGUCACACAAGGAGAAGAAAUACAAGAAGAAGAAAUACAAGAACUGCCAAGUUCUAACCAAGGGGAACUUAAUUGUCUCGCACCUUCCACCCUAGGGCAGGAAGAGGAAGUUGAUCAACUUGCAAAGGAACUUGAUCUCACAUUCUCGUCAGAAGACAGUGCAUUUGAAUCUGAUAUGGAUGACUUACUUUAA